UUGUGGAGUCAUUUUUACGCUAUUAACGUAGAAGUCAAAGAGCCACAGUGCUUAGCUCCAAUUGGCUACUGUGACUAUUCACUAUCUGGCAGAUUCUGGAGUCAUUUUUACUCUAAUAACGUAGAAGUCAAAGAGCCAAAGUGCUUAGCUCCAAUUGGCUACUGUGACUAUUCACUAUCUGGCGGAUCGUGGAGUCGUUUUUAUUCUAUUAACGUAGAAGUCAAAGCGCCACAGUGCUUAGCUCCAAUUGGCUACUGUGACUAUUCACUAUCUGGCAGAUUGUGGAGUCAUUUUUACGCUAUUAACGUAGAAGUCAAAGAGCCACAGUGCUUAGCUCCAAUUGGCUACUGUGGCUAUUCACUAUCUGGCAGAUUGUGGAAAGUCAAAGAGCCACAGUGCUUAGCUCCAAUUGGCUACUAUGACUAUUCACUAUCUGGCAGAUCGUGGAGUCAUUUUUACGCUAUUAACUUAGAAGUCAAAGAGCCACAGUGCUUAGCUCCAAUUGGCUACUGUGACUAUUCACCAUCUGGCAGAUUGUGGAGUCAUUUUUACGCUAUUAACGUAGAAGUCAAAGAGCCACAGUGCUUAGCUCCAAUUGGCUACUGUGACUAUUCACUAUCUGGCAGAUUGUGGAGUCAUUUUUACGCUAUUAACGUAGAAGUCAAAGAGCCACAGUGCUUAGCUCCAAUUGGCUACUGUGGCUAUUCACUAUCUGGCAGAUUGUGGAGUCAUUUUUACGCUAUUAACGUAGAAGUCAAAGAGCCACAGUGCUUAGCUCCAAUUGGCUACUGUGACUAUUCACUAUCUGGCAGAUCGUGGAGUCGUUUUUACUCUAUUGACGUAAAGUCAAAGAGUCUCAGUGCACAGCUUUAUUGA